AUGACGAAGAUGAAGAAUGUGAUAAAUGAUAAUGAUGAUGGUAGUGAUUAUGUUGCUACUGGUGAUGAUGACGAUGAUGUAGAUGAGAAUGAUGAUGCUUAUAACAGUGAAGAUAAUAACAACUAGCAUGUUACAGAUGAACUUGGACCGACCAUAAGCGAGGCAUAUAAAUUCACUUACUUGGUUAUAUAUGCUUCAGAAACCUUUUGA